AUAUUCUACGACAUCCAAAAUAAUCCCACCAAACCAUUAGGACAUCUCAUACGAGGGACCAGGCGCUAUACGAGCUGUAGGCUAUGUGAAUAAAAGGCCCCGUGCUGAUUUUGUUGAGGCUUCUCUGAUGGACGACGAAAUGGACGAACGACCAUCAAAUUCCUCAACGCCGCGGGAACUUACUCAAAACCCUCUAAAGAAAAUCUGGAUGCCAAACAAGAAUGGCCUUCCUGAGAAACACAUUUCUCAAAGAAAAGUAUGUAUGACCAACUGCCCCACCCUCAUUGUGACGGUGGGUCUCCCAGCCAGAGGGAAGACCUACAUCUCGAAGAAGCUGACUCGCUACCUCAACUGGAUAGGUGUACCCACAAGAGAGUUCAAUGUUGGCCAGUACCGGCGUGAAUGUGUGAAGAUCUACAAGUCCUUUGAGUUUUUCCUACCAGACAAUGAGGAGGGACUGAAGAUACGGCAGCAGUGUGCCACAGCUGCUCUGAAUGAUGUCAGACAGUACCUUACUGAUGAAGGAGGCCAAGUUGCGGUGUUUGAUGCCACAAACACCACCAGGGAAAGAAGAGAGACCAUCAACCAGUUCGCUGAGCAGAAUGGUUUUAAGGUGUUCUUUGUGGAGUCGGUUUGCGAAGACCCAGAUGUCAUUCAAGAGAACAUAGUGCAAGUGAAACUGGGCAGCCCUGACUACACCAACUGUGACACAGAGGAAGCUGUGCAGGACUUCAUGAAGAGAAUCAAGUGUUAUGAGAACUCCUAUGAACCUCUUGACGAGGUCCAGGACAGGGAUCUGUCCUACAUUAAGAUUAUUGACGUGGGCCAACGGUACCUGGUGAACCGGGUCCAGGACCACAUCCAGAGCCGCAUCGUCUACUACCUGAUGAACAUCCACAUCACCCCACGCUCCAUCUACCUCUGCCGCCACGGAGAGAGUGAACUCAACAUCAAGGGCCGCAUUGGAGGAGAUUCUGGGCUCUCAAACAGGGGCAAAGAGUUUGCCAAGUACCUAGACCACUUCAUCCAGUCUCAGGAGAUCAGUGAUCUGAAGGUGUGGACCAGUCAGAUGAAGAGGACCAUCCAGACUGCAGAGGCUCUCAAUGUGCCCUAUGAGCAGUGGAAGGCUAUUAACGAGAUAGACGCGGGUGUGUGUGAGGAGAUGAUGUAUGAGGAAAUCCAGGAACACUACCCUCUGGAGUUUGCUAUGAGGGACCAGGACAAAUACCGUUACCGUUAUCCAAAGGGAGAGUCCUAUGAGGACUUGGUGCAGCGGUUAGAGCCAGUCAUCAUGGAGCUGGAGAGGCAGGAGAAUGUGCUCGUCAUCUGUCACCAGGCCAUCAUGCGCUGCCUGCUGGCCUACUUCCUGGAUAAAACAGCAGAGGAGCUGCCCUACCUGAAGUGCCCACUGCAUACUGUGCUGAAGCUCACACCAGUGGCUUACGGCUGUAAGGUGGAAUCCAUCUACCUGCAUGUGGAAGCUGUGAACACCCACAGAGAUCGACCAGAGAACGUAGAGGUGUCGCGGAUGUCAGAUGAGGCUUUGCUAACAGUCCCAGCUCACCAAAUGUAAACGUCCAUCGCACUACUGAAGAUGCCUUGCAGACCGUCCCAUCUCACCUUUGACCUUGUAUCUGCUUGUCAGACAUGUUGGAAGGGGAGACUUCUAGCCCUCAUUCUCUGUUUGCCUCCAAGAUACACUCAUCGGGUACAACAAUGGCAGUGACAUAUUUUUGUAAUGUGAAACCUAAAAUUAUUUGUGUUAUAACUAUUUUGAAUAACUGGUAUCACUGAACCUUUUGUGUGACACUGUACAGUAUUAAAGGGAUUGUUAAGGUUUAGACACUUUCUGGGAAAAUUAUUUAAAGACAUUACUUUAUGAUCAUAGAAUGAGUAGCACUUGAUAAGGUGUUCAUGUAAUUUUCAAAAAUAGUGAAGUAUAAUGAAACAACUUCCUCAAACAAUAAUCUGAUGCCAUUUGAAGUGAACACAAAAUGUUAUUUUAAGCACCAAUAUGGGCAAGAUAUGGACACGUGGUAAGAAUGUUGCCUCUAUUAAACCAUUGGAAGACAGAAAAGUAGUUAAUUGGGAAAACGUUCUAUUAAAAUCACAGAUGAACACUAAUGAAAACCCACAAUAAUGGGCCCUAAGGGUUAAGUCAAUCCCCUUUUCCCCACAUCAGCAACACCCCCUUUUCUGUAUAUCGACAACAUAUCUGUUGCACCAUCACAUUGCCAUUGUGCCUUUUGAGGAGGGCACUUAAAAACCAUGCAAUGUCACAGUACGGUUAGUGUAUGUUGGAGAAUAAUAUAUAAUAUUUUUUUUCUAUUAUGCUUAAAUCACAUCUGAAAAUGUUUUGACAUAUAUGGAAUCAAUAACAAUUUGGGUUUGAUGGAUACUUUAACACAUUAAAAUGUUAUCUGAACUGUUAAUACAUUUUUGGUUUGACUUA